AUGAAUGAAGCCGUAUCUGCUGUUGAUAUUAUUAAGAUCGCUAAAACGAGCUCGGCUUUUCUUCGGAGCGAAAUCGCAGAGUAUAUCUCAACGCGUUUCAGUGUCAUGAGUCGAGUGCACGACACAAUGGCUAAUAGACGCAAAGUACAAAAUCGAGUGUCAAUCCCAUGGACAGGUAAAGCACACACGAACAUCUUUGUUGAAAAAAGGGUGAAUCUAAGCACUGCUAGACUACCGCUCAUGCAGUGUCUGUCGUCUACAAUGCUAUGUAGCGUUUACGCCCCAUAA